UUCCAUUUUUUCACUUUCAAUUUUUUAAUUUUUGGCUUAAAUUGAUUGAACCCUAACUUUGGAAUUAGGGUUUUUGAAUUGGGGGUUUCAUUGGGCAACCAUAAAUUUGAAGAGAGUUAGUUUAUUCAUAGUCGUUGAGUAUUUUUAUAUAAAAUUCGCUAUGUUUUGCAUAUUUAGGAAGCUCCUUUUGUGUUUUUUGGCGUUGCAAUUAGAGAUUUUAUAUAUGUUUAUGUUAAGCUUUUCUGGAAAUUAAUAUUGUAGAAGAGCUUACGAACCGUAUAUUUUGAUGAUAUUAUUGUAUUUUGAUCAUAUUUGUGGAAAUUAUUUUUCAGCUGAACAGAUUUUAUCUCAUUCAUACACCACUUGAACGAAUUGGUUCUGAAUAAAGUAUUGCUUUAUGCAAUAUAAAUGCAGCCCACUGAGAAUAUUAUUAUUAUUGGUGAUUGGUGUUAACUUAUUUAGUGUUGUAUGGCAGGUGUUUCAAAUUGUUAUGUAUUCAAGAGUCGAUUACAGGAAUACGCUCAGAAAAUGGGACUUCAAACGCCUGUUUAUGAGACUACUAAGGAAGGCCCAUCUCAUGAGCCUUCAUUCAGAUCUGCUGUGGUAGUGAAUGAUGUCAGAUAUAAAUCUUUGCCUGGUUUUUUUAAUCGUAAGGCAGCGGAGCAGUCAGCUGCUGAAGUUGCACUUAUAGAAUUAGCAAAACUUGGUCAAGUGAAUCCUUCCAUCUCCCAACCUGUUGUUCCUAAGUUUCCAUCCAAGCUGUUCUUCUUCUGUGAAGUGGAGCCUGGAAGUGGAGGUGAAACUCCGAUAGUCCUGAGCCACAUUGUCUAUGAAAGGAUGAAACACAGGCACCCUGAAUUUGUCGAAAAAUUAGAGCAACAUGGAUUGAUUUAUACAAGGGUGCUAGGGGAGGAGGAUGAUCCUUCAUCACCUAUCGGCCGUGGUUGGAAAUCCACGUUCUUGACUGAUGACAAGAACCUGGCUGUUAUUGUAACCUUGUGUAGCCAUAUUCAGCCAAGUCGAAACUGGAAAAGUUAGAACAUGUAAAUGUUGACAUAAAAUUCGUGCUUAAUGCCAUCCAAAUGUUGUUGAAUUUGAUCCAUAAUUCGUAAAUAUAAAGCUGCUGGUUCAUCAU